UUGGUGGUUCCAAACUUCUUCCAUUUAAGAAUGAUGGUGGCCACUGUGUUCUUCGGGACCUUCAAUGCUGCAGACAUUUUUUUUGUACUCUUCCCCAGAUCUGUGCCUCGGCACAAUCCUGUCUCUGAGCUCUACUGACAAUUCCUUCGACCUCAUGGCUUGGUUUUUGCUCUGACAUGCACUGUCAACUGUGAUCGGUGUGUGCCUUUCCAAAUCAUGUCCAAUCAAUUGAAUUUACCACAGGGGGAGUCCAAUCAAGUUGUAGAAACAUCUCAAGGAUGAUCAAUGCAAACAGGAUGCACAUGAGCUCAAUUUCGAGUCAUUGCAAAGGGUUUGAAUAUUUGAGGAAUUUCAGUUUUAUUUUAUUUUAAAUACAUUGGCAAGUAUUUCUAAACCUGUUUUCGCAUUGUCAUGAUGGGGUAUUGUGUGUAGAUUGAGGGGAAACAAUGUAAUCCAUUUUAGAAUAUGGUGUAACAAAAUGUGGAAAAAGUCAAGGGAAUACUUUCCAAAUGCACUGUAUAUCGAUAACGCUGAUUCAUGAUUUCGACUGGCUGAGAAAAGCUGCCUGUCAGUCUCAUCCCGUCUUCUGACACGUUCAUUACUAUGCAACAGCUAGAUCUACAGCUAGAUCAGCUAGAUCUAAUUUGAAUAUUGAAACAAUGUUGCAAAUGUCGGAGAGACAGACUAUUGUUAUUUUAAAGAUGUCUAAAUGCUUUUUAUAGUAGAGAUCUAGUUCAUAAAUUGCCUGGCUAGGCUGAUGAGACCGUGGAUUGCGCAGUCCGGUGGAACAGAAUAAACAGGCAUUUUAACGACGUGGCUUUAGCCCUUUGCUAUGGCUUUAGCAGGCGAUAACUUGUGGAAUAGAUACCGGUUGGAAUACGGUUUUAACCAAUCAGCAUUCAGGAUUCGACCAAGCGGUUGUAUUACGUGCUGUAGACAACUAGCUAGCCAUGUGCUUUUUUUUUUUUCAUGACCAAAAUAUGCCAUUUUUAUCUGAUAUGGGAAUGAAUAUACCAGCAGCAGCAGGUUACUCGAAUGUUUAUUUUAGGUUACACUGGCAAGUAUACAAAUAUUUGCCAGGGAAUAUUUUUUUUCUUUAUAAAUAUGAUUAUUUCACAUGAUAAUGUGAGAAGCUAGAAAGGCUAACGUUACUGUAGCUAGCUUGCUAUAUUUUUAGCCAGGCUAAAGCCAACUAGCUAGGUUGCCAGAUAGCUGCUACUACCAGCAAGGGAAGGCGACUCUUCCUUGCUUUCACAAAUGAGAAGACAAAAAUGGCUACUUUGCUAUCGCCCCCUUGUGAAUGGGACCGGCGAAGAUAUCAUGUUACCAAAAAGGUUGUGUCUCGCUGUGACAUCUGUCUCCUUCAGGAGGUAAAAGACCUACAGGGCAAAGCCACCAAAGCUCUGUUGGGGAGACUCAACAGAUACAGUACUAGAUAUGAUGACCGCUAUCACUAUAAAUAUGUUGCCAGUGGAGGUCUGGGGCGGACACCUGAAGACCAGGAGCAGUAUGUCUAUCUGUACCGGAAUGAGACUGUAGAGUUGACAGAUCGGUACCAGUACGCUGACACAAAGGAGGGGGGUGUGGAUGCUUUCUCCAGAGACCCCUUUGUUGUUAGAUUCCAAGCCAAGGAAACAGUGAUAGGAGACUUUGCUCUGAUCCCACUGCACACUACGGCCUCUGAUGCAAUCAAGGAGAUUGACAAGCUCUAUGAUGUCUUUGAGGAAAUAAAAAGGAAGUGGAAUACUGAGAAAGUGAUGUUCCUUGGAGCCUUCAAUGCUGGUUGUGGGCACAUAACAAGGCAGGACAAGGCAAACAUCAGACUGUUCUCAAACCCUGGAUUCUUCUGGUUGAUCGGGGAUAAGGUGGACACCACAGUUGGAGACCUCACCAGCUGUGCCUAUGACAGGAUUGUGGUACACGGACAGCCCUUCCUAAAGGCCAUCAAACCUUAUUCAGCUCGGGUCUUCAACAUCGCCAAGGAGUAUAAACUCUCAAAGGAAAUGGUUCUGGAAGUGAGUGACCACUUCCCUGUGGAAGUGGAGCUGAAGACUAAAUCGUUGGGGCAGCUUCAAGCUCAGGUUCAGCCUCUCCUAAUCGCUGUCUCUGUCAUCACCUACGUCCUGCACAUCUUACCUUCGACCAGUGUGGUGUGAGGAGGACUGAGGGCCUUCUCUGGAGUAUGAACCAUAGCAAUAUAAUUCAUUCUAUGGUAUUUACAUCUAAAACUUCCACGAGCAGCUGGUCCUCUCAUGCAGGGGUUCACAAACCUCUCUUCGGGGACUCCUAGACGCUUCAGAAUUUUGUUGUAGCCCUGAACUAGCUAACCUGAUUAAUCUAAUCAAGGUCUUGAUGAUUAGUUGACAAGUUUAAUCAGGUGUGCUAGCUCUGGAAUAGAUCCACUGCUCUAAUGCACAGUGAUGAUUACAUCUUUGGUUGGUCCCCUUGAGAUUGCAUGAACAUUUAAGACAUUAAGAGGCAGCAACAUUAUCACUACAUGAGUUAGUUGAUGGCAAAAUGUCCCUCAUCUCCUUUCCCCCAACAUAUCUAUGAAUUUGCUCUGGUGAUGGGUUACUGAUCCCCAUUUGCUCUGACAUCCUGUUUCAGGUAUUUGACUCAUAUCUUGAAUGGAAGGCUACAGCUUCCUGAAGCCCCCACUUCUGUCAAUAAUCUUUGCUUUUAAUAACAGAGAAAUAAAUAUUAUACUUUGUAAAUGCAUAGUUGUAAAUAUUUCAAGUUACAUUUUAUAGGUUAAGACAUUCUAUAAUAAUGUGGUUUCAACAUUGUCACUAAAUGUGUUUAAUAUGUUCCAUGCCUGUACUGUAUAUAUUAUUUGAAUAAAACAUGUAUUGAAAACUA